UCCCCUGCCGGAGCCUCGUGGAGCUUUAGGUGUUUUCGCUCAAUAAACACUCACAACGCCCGGUCUGGGAAUCGAAACCGCGAUCCUAUGACCGCGAGUCCGCUGCCCUAACAACUGGGCCAUUGCGCCUCCACAGAAGGACAUGUUACUGCACCGGAUGUAGGAGUUGCAUCUUUGACUUUUGUAUCUGCCAGAUGCAGGUACUGUUGAUACUCCAGAUGUAGGAAUUGUAAUUGGACCAGACUUAUAUAGAACUUGCAGCUGCACCAGAUGUUAAUGUCUGUUAGAAUUCUAGAUGCACCAAAUGCAGCUGCAACAGAUUUUCCUUUUAUCAUUUACUUGUUUCAGCCAUUAUAUUAUGCCCAUGCAGGGGCAACGCCUUGAAUAAUUUUAGUUAAACCAAUCAGUCCAAGUACUUUCUUAUUAUUUAAGCCUGCUAUUUCUUCUAUCAGUUGCUUUUGCUGAACUGCUAAGUUAUGGGGGAUGCAAGCACCAAUACUGGCUGUCACUGUAUUGCCUGUUGCAACACAUAUGCAUUUGUUGCAGCUGAAAUGCUUUUCACUGCUCUUUGCUGCAUUUCCAUUGCUGUUGUUACUGCACAAGUGUGCACCAGCUUGAUACUUGCCAUUGCACUUUUAUAUGCAACCUGUUGCCACAACAGUUCCUGCAAUGCACAGCCUGUUGCAACACCUGUAUACAUGCAUUAGUUGCAGUUACUGCAUGAUGUAUUAAAAGUGCAUCAGUCAAUGCACUUCCUGUUGCAACAAAUGUAUCGCUUCGUCUGUCAGCACCGCUUGCAUCAUUUUCUGCAGCAAUGAUGUCACUUCAUUUGUGAAUGCACAACCACCUUGCAACAUCUGGAUUAUUCACUACAUGUCCAGCUAUGACACCAGCAGCUGUAGCAUCACUUGCACCAUUUGCAAAAACAUCUGCAUUACCAGUUGCAACACAUAUCUACACUUUCCAUUGCACCACAAGCAUUUGCAACGCAUCUGCAUCAGUCGCUGCACCGACAGCCACAACACUCACCCCUAUAUUUGCCAAUGUACCAACAUCUGCAACGCAUCUACACAUUGCAGCACCAACUGCAACAGUUAUAAUUGCAACCAUUUGCAACACAUCUGCAUCGACAGCCACAACACUCACCCCUACAUUAGCCAAUGUACCAAUAUCUGCAACACAUCGCAUCUACACUUUCCAUUGCACCACCAACUGCAACAGUUAUAAUUGCAUUAGUAACUGCACCACAAACCAUUUGCAACACAUCUGCAUCAGUCGCUGCACCGACAGCCACAACACUCGCCCUAUAUUUGCCAAUACCAAUAUCUGCAACGCAUCACAUCUACACUUUCCAUUGCACUUCAAGCUGCACACUUACACGUGCAUCACUUACUGCACCACCAACAACAGCACUUGAACUCCUACACUCCUGUCACUGCAUCACUAGCUGUCAAUACAUCCCUGCAUCUGUCGCAGUGCUGCUUCUUGCCAUCGUUAUGCACCGACUGCAUCUUCUACUGCAACACCAGCUGCACACACCUCUCAUUAAUGACAAACAACAAUAUGAAUUUUCUUUGUUUUUUUUGUCAAUAAAUUAAAUUGAUUUUUUACUU